AUGAGCAGACAAGUCUGUAAGACACCUGGUAGUAGGAGACAGGGCUUUUCUAGCUGGUCAGCUGUGGAAUUCGGCAGCACCGUAAAGAACUAUAUGGCUCGCUCUGGGGCAGCCAGUGUAAGGGCUUAUGGGAUUCAGAGUGGAGUACCUGUCUUUGGCAGUAGAAUCUUCUACAGCCUGGGCAGCAGUAGGCCCAUCUCCAUCAGUGUGGCAGCUGGUGGCUCCAAGAUUGGUAGAUUUGGUGGACUUCUGGGAAACUACAACACUGGCUCUGGGAAUGGCUUUGGUGGUAGCAGAGGAACUGGAGGUGGCAUUGGGAGAACUGGUGGCUUUGGAUUGGCUGGUGUCUUCAAUAGGCCUAUAAUCUUUGGCUCUGGGGCAAUCCAGGAAGUGACCACUAGCAAGAGCCUUCUGCAGCCCCUCAAUGAGAAGACUGACCCCCAGACUGUGGAAAUGAAGGUCAAAGGGUCUGAACUGAUCAAGACUCUCAAUGACAAGCUCGCCUCCUUCUUUGACAAGGCAUGUUUUGUGGAACAACAGAACAAGACCCUGGAGACCAUAUGGGGGCUUCUCCAGCAGCAGGACCCCAGUUCCAUCACCAGCACCAACAGCCUUGACACUCACUUUGAAAGCUUCAUCAGCUCUCUGCAAGUUGAGUUGGAUGACAUCACUUUGGAGAGAGGCCACCUGGAUUCAGAGCUGAGGAACGUGCAGGACACAGUGGCAGACUACACAAAGAAAUAUGAAGAUGAAAUCAACAAACAAAUAACUGCCGAAAAUGACUCUGUGAUGCUGAAGAAGAAUGUGGACUCUGCCCACCUGGCCAAGAUGAAGCUUCAGGCCAAUAUGGAUAGCCUGAUAAAAGAAAUCAACUUUCGGAGGGACCUCUUAGAGGAAAUGUCCCAGCUGCAGAACCAUGUCAAUGACACAUCUGUGGCCUUCCCCAUGGGCAAAAACCGCAGCCUGGACUUGCAUAGCAUCAUUUCUGGGACCCGUACCCAGUUUGAAGAUAUUGCCCAGAGGAACAAGGUGGAGGCUGAGUUGCUGUACCAGACCAAGUUGGGGGAGCUCAAGACCAUGGCUGGCAGGCAUGAAGAUGACUUGAGGAACAUCAAAGACCAGAUAACAGAGAUCAACAGGAUUAUCCAGAGGUUGGAGGCAGAGGUGGAGAACGCCAAGAGGCGGAACGAAAAGCUGAACAGCGUCGUGGUGGAAACUGAGCAAAAUGGUGAGACAGUCAUCAGGUAUGCCAAUAUCAAACUUCAAGACUCACAGGCUGCCCUGAAGAAGGACAAAGAUGACCUGGAUGGUCUGCUGAGAGACUACCAGCAACUGUUAGAAACCACAAUGACCUUGGAUACAGAGAUCACUGCCUACCGCCAGUUGCUGGAGGGUGCUGAGUACAGGAUGUCUGGAGGGUACCAGAGUGCUGUCAGUAUCUCUGUAGUCAACAACAAAACCAGCAGUAGUGCUUUGGCCUUGUCAAAUGGUUACAGAAGUGGUUUUGGUGUUGGACGUGGCACAGGAAGUGAUGUUCGCCUGGCAAGCAGCAAUGGCAGCAGAUUUGGCAGUGGGUUUGGUGCCAGUGGUUUUAGUGGUGGAAGCAGCUUUGGCCGUGGCUCCGGGGGUAGUCGUGGAGUCUGUGGCGGAGGUGUCAUCUCAGGCAGCAAUGGAGGUGGCAGUGUCAAUCUCCUUCAGUCUUCCAGAGACGACUCCAAAUAA